AUGACACUAUCUGCAAAGGCAGCAGAGAAAAAGUCGUUGCUUGACGAAGACGAUUCUUCGUCUGGAUCAGAAUCCUCUGCGAGUGACAGCGGUGCCCAUGAUACCCAACUAAAGGUGAACAAGAGAUAUGCCAGAGCGUUCCAAGAACGAAAGCAGCUAGAGGAACUCCAGCGCGUGAGAUAUCGUGAGGAAGGGCUUGACUCCGAUGAUAGUAGCUCCGAGGAAGAGGAUGACGAUGGACGACUAUUGACCGGUUCUGUCAAUCUCAAGUUUCUGAAGUUGAUGAAAGCACUCAGGAAAAAAGAUGAUACGAUAUAUGACAAGUCGGCUCGUUUCUUUGACGAAGAAGAAUCAAACGAAACCGAAGAUAAGGGCGAAAAGAAAGAUAAGGUUAAAAAGGUGAAAGAUGUGCUUCGAGAACAGAUCUUAGAAAAAAUGGACGAAGAUGGAGCCGACAAGUCCGACGAACGCGACCCGUCUCAAUCAAAGUUUGCAUAUGACGCUCAACAAGAGGAAAUUCGAAAAUCCUUUCUGAAAACUGCUGGAGGCAGCGACGACGAUGAGAGCGAUGAUAAUAAAGAGGAUUGGAUGGUUAUCAAGACUAGAAAGGAGCCUUCUCUCGAAGAAAAAGAGGCGUUGAAUCAUUUCGAAGAAAUUGAGGAAAUUACAAAGCAGCAAUCUGAGAAGAACACGACCAUUGAUCCAAGAGGAGAAGUCAAAGAUGGCGACAAGUUCCUCAUCGAUUUCCUCAAGCAAAAGAAAUGGAUUGAUAAAGACGGCGACUUUGGGGCAGAUGACGAUUCGAUUGAUGAUUUGGACAAAGCUGACGAUUAUGAAGCCAACUACAACUUUCGAUUUGAGCAGGCAGAAGCAGCUGCUACCUCUGGUGCCACCCUAUCUGUUCAGACAUAUGCUCGUGGAAAUACAAUGACCACAGUAAGAAGAACUGACACGACGAGAAAGGAAAAACGUGAAUCUCGCAAAGAACGAAAAGCAGCCGAGCGAAAAGCAAAGGAAGAGCAACUGAAGCGCUUGAAGAAUGCGAAACAACAAGAAGCCAACAAAAAGCUAGCGCAAAUCAAAUCCGUAUUGGGUUCUGUCGACCAAGAAACAGUCGACGAGGCAGCCAUCAUGAAGAUGCUCGAAGGAGACUAUGAUCCAGAGCAAUUCGAAAAGGCCAUGAAUGCUGCCUACAGCGAUGACUUUUAUGAGAAAGAAGAUGAAGAAUGGAAGACAGAUCUCGACGUGCGAGAGGGUUUGAAGGGCGACGAGGAUGGCGAAGCAAUUGUUGGUGAUGACGUGGAGGGCGGAAUGUAUGACACACAGGGCGCGGAGGAGGACGAAGAAGACGAGUAUGACGACACUGAAGGGGACCAACAAGCCUGGGGCGACGACGAAGAGAUAGCCGAAGGUGAGGAGGACGAAAACCCAGAAACAGAGUUAGAGAAGAAAGUUAAGAGGAAGAUGCAAGAGGAGUUGUACAAACUUGACUACGAGGAUAUCGUUGCUGGAAUGCCUACCAGAUUCAAGUACCGACAAGUUGAGAAGAACGAUUAUGGUUUGGACACACAUGAAAUUUUGCUUGCAAGAGAUUCCAACUUGAAGCAAUUCGUUUCGUUAAAGAAAAUGGCGCCGUACACCGAAGACGGUGAGCAUCAUGUUGGCAGCAAGAAGCGCAGAAGAUUCCGUGACGCCCUGAAGGAUGACUUGGAGGAAUACAAGGAACAAGAGGAGGCUGCCGUUGAGGAGGAAGACACAGCAGAACAAAAUGAAGCAGAAAAUAAUGAGGAGCCAAAGAAGAAGAAGCGAAGGAGACUCAAGAAAGGAAAGAAACGAGACAGUGAAAGUAUGUCAGCGGGGAAUACCGAAAAGAUGGAACCAGAAGUUAUUCCUGAGAAGGAAGUUACCGGUAUCAAGAAACGAAGGAGAAAGAAAAAGGGAAAGAAAGGGGAGUCCUUUGAAUCUUAUCCUCCGGAUGAUUCUGAGAAAACCGAGGAUUCAGCCGGAUAUCAGCCACCCAGUGAAAACAUUGCUAAUGAAAAGAAAACCAAGACUCCCGGUUCCAGUGAGGAUAAGAAGAAACGCAAGAAAAAGAAGAAAAAGAAGAAGGAAGCAAUGGGACUAUCUGCGUCCCGACUAUCAUCAUAUGGUCUGUAA